AUAACGAUUUGGGGUGUAGUUUGUGAUAGAAAUUUAUCGGUUUCACUUCCGGCAAGAGGCAAAAAUUCCGACUGGAAGUGAUGGUGAAUGAAUUUUCAGGAACGACGGAACUUUUCAGCUGUGUAGGCUUCGAAUUCGUUGGGUUCCGAACCCAGAUUGUGGUGAAAUAGUGCUAUAUCCAAGAAACGAAAACCGGCCAAGAUUAGUUCAAGAUGGAACUGAAUGGUUAACGAUCGAAGCUCGUCGUUCAAUAAAUGAAAUUCAAAGUUAUUUUAAAAUAAGACAACAAAAAGUGAAGCUGCCACCUUAAACCGAAUGAUCGCCUGGAUCGCAAGUGUCUCGAAAACACGAAACUACAUGCGAGAGUAAGCCUGAACACAUCUCCAAAGUUCCAGGCAAAUAACGCUAGUUGAAUGCAAACAGCGACUGUCCGCAGUUGUCAAAAUGUCCCACCCACACGGUUUAAGAUACUCUCAGUACUCGUCUUCCGGGGCCGGUCCUCAGACGAGCAAAUCAUCCCAGUCAUCAUCACCAGCCGGAAACUCUAGUGGCGGCACUGGUCGUCCCGGCAGUAGUGCGGCACUCUCCGGACCACCACAGGUACCGCCCCCACCAGCGGUGCGCCCUCCAAUGCUGACAACGUCUUCCGGAUGUACGAUGUUACCACCGCCUCCCCUACCACAGCAACAGCCCCAAUCUAGUUCCCAGCAGGCUCAGCAGCAGCAGAGUCAACCUACACAAACUGCUACUUCGGCAAGCCCCAAGUAUGCGGCAAUAAGCGGUAGCCUAUCCGGAUCGGACACCGAUGUUUCGACCUCGACGGAGAACUUGACCCAAGAGGAGCGAUACGUACUACGUCACGCUCGCGUUGAACCACAGGGUGAGGAGAACAUGCAAGGAAAUGUCACGCCGGUAAACGAGAUCCAGGGUCGAUACAUUUCCGAUAAGUUUUCUGCGAACACCUCGUCGGAUUCUACCCGGUAUGCAACACCGAACAGCAGCCGUAGCAUCUCGGAAACUCGGAACGCGAUGCAUGCAUACGCAAACUGUGGGAACGAUGGUUCGAACCGGAACUCCUUGGCCGGUACCAACUCCAACCGUAACUCCCUGAAGGAGCCGAACUCCAAUCGUUCUUCAAUGGACGUCUCCCAAUCAUCGUACAACACUCUAAUCAUCCAUGAUGACGGUUUGUACUCGAUCCAUGAUGAAGGAAUUUACUCGAUGAACCGUGAGUACUCCAGUCCGCCACCUUACGUGAAAAAGGAACGUCCACGAUCGUACGGGGAGCCUCAAACUCCGAUGCAGGAAAUUGCCGAAAUUCCGGAGGAUUAUCUUAGCCAGAGUCACGUUCUGAAACAUCUGGCUAAGGAGGUUAAACUGCCGUCACGAAACCGCGGUGAUUCCAAUACCCGUGACUCGGGCGUUUCGGAGAAUACGGACUCGCGCGAUCAUCCUCCCAAGUACGGUCAGCACUGGACGACAGGACAAAGUGCCUCGGCGGAUGCUGAGGCUCCUGCUUCACCGAACGCUAAGUUGAAAAGCAAAAGUCAACCGGAUUUGACGCGAACGGACGAUAUCGAUCCAGACGAAAUUGAAGCCUUGUUCAAGGAGAAUCAACUACUGAAGCAACAGCUCAACAGCUGCUUCCUGAAGGUCGCGAAAAGUCAGAAGAUGGAACAGGAAAUUUCGAAUAUCUACCGCGUACAUGAGGAGCUAGUGCAGUCCUGUGAAAGGCGGGAACGGCUGGAGAAGGCGGCUCGUAACCGUCUUCAGCAGGACUGCCGGCGACUACAGGAACUCAACCGAGCUUUCCGCGAUCAGGUGGAAGUACUGCAGAAUCAGUUGCUAGCUUCGUCGGACCAUCAGUUGGGGCGAUCGCAGCAAGACGUACUGAUCUCGCAGCUAGUGACACAAAACAAAUCACUAGUUGACGCUAACCGACGUCAGUGCAUUGAGUUGCAAGCCCAGAAUGCCACCUUGGAGGAACAGAGAAUUCACAUUAACGUGUUGGAUACGGCACUGAAGCGUUUGGAAGAGGAGUGUCGCCAAAAGCAAGUAUAUGUGGAACGAUGUGCACAGCUUCAGCACGCUCUUCAGUCGCUACAGAAUGCCAGUGAAAGGCGCGAGCAAGCAGAGCGAAAGCUUCUACUGGAUUACGACAAUGAUCUUCCCAAUCGAAGCGGCAGCAGUACGACUAGCGAAACCGAUAACCUCAAAUGGCAACUGCGAGAAAAGGACGCACAGAUAAUGAGACUCGAAGCUGAGUGUUCUAAAUUGGAGCAGCGCAACCUGGAGGAGUCGAACGUUCGAAAUGUUGCCAAGCUUGCGAUGGAGCGAAACUCGCAGGAAACGGAGCGAAUCAUUGCGGAGGCAAAGCAGGAGAAGAUUCGCUAUCUGGACGAAGCACACUCCGCAAACCGGAAGGUAACGGAACUGCAAACUCGUCUGAAGCUGGUUGAGAAUCGUUUGGCCGAGAAAGAGGCCAUGAUACGUGCCUAUCAGGGACAGAAAAUCUACGGUUCUACAAACUCCUACGGAUCGUACAACCUAUCUAGCGAUAGCUUCGCAUUGAAUCCACUGGGAGCGUACAACUCGCAGGUUUCAUACGACGUAUCGAACAAUUCGUUCGAUGUGACAACAACGGCUUCUCUGUUAGAUCCUAACUACGGACAAAACCCGUCUUCCAGCUUCGCUUCGAACUAUGGACAGACGAAUCCGAGUUUCAAUCAAAGCUCGAUCAACCUACAGACAGCUGGCAGCAAUAGCUAUAGUUCACCUAGCAGUAGUUCAAACUUCAGCACCAACUAUGGUGCUAGUGAGCACACGACAAUUUACGACUCGAAGAACUUUGAUGCUCAGCGUAAAUCCAUCGACGAAAAGCUGAAGCAACUGGACGAACAGCUACUCAGCAAGAGAGGUCUGUGCUGCUUUCCAAGCCUAACAACGAAAAAACCAAUUCAGCCACUUCUUUCGGAUGAGGUUUCGGUAUUGUCAACGAAUAACAGCGAUAGUUUCCUGCAGAAUCUUGCUAACAUCGAUCAGCGGGAUCGAGAAAGACAAGAUCGACGUGAGCAGGAAAGUAGCGCUAGUGGUGCAGUUGGUUCGGGUGCUAGCGGAGGAGCAACGAAACCCGAGGACAUGAUGUUACUGGAAAAGCAAGGACGCUGCUCGCAAAAGCUACGUAGUAAUCAACUGAGCAAUUUGGCACACGUGACGCAAACAUGCGGCCAGAACAUGACUGAUAUCAGUAAUAUUGGAGGAAAUAAGGUUCCUAAGAUAUUGUCGAAUAUUGCACAGCAAGCCGGAGGAAUUCUGCCUCAACGAAAAGAUCGCGGUUCGUCCUUGCCUCCGAGUGCUCUUCCGCGGCCACCCCGGAGUUUGAAACCUCCGCGUAAGAUCGAAUAUGGUCGUUUGAGUGAUUCGGAAGGCAAAAAGCGAGCGGAAACACCACUCAAAACGGACGCCCAGAAAGAUUACGAGCUGAAGACAUCCAGUUUGAAGAGAGCCACCAACGGAGGAGGAGCAUUCGGCAAAAGGGAAUUUUCCCCCGGGAAAAGCUAUCUGGAAAUGAAGGACACCUUCCAACUAGCAAAAGAUUAUGGCGCUUUGAAGUCGAAAAACUACGGUUCAGUAGGCAACACAUCACUGGUGCCAAUGAAAAAUGAUAGUAAGUUCGUGUUCGGUUCCAAGUCUAGCAACACCACUGCCAAUAGUUGUGAAUUCUCGAAACCGGACUACACUUCCACGAAGAACUAUCAAAGACUUGAAGAGCAAAGUCCUCAAAUGCGCAAAAGCUCCCUGGACACUGCAACCAUGAAGCGCUCUCUACUGCCAAAUGUUCGCAAGUUAAGCUCAGCCACUGUCAAAGGUUCGCGUGAUUCGUUAAAUUCGGCCUCCAGUGGAUCGAACAAUUCCAACAACUCUAACCAAAUCUCUCGCUCGAGCCCAAUUCAUUCGAACAACAGCGGAGGAGGAGGCGUUAAUCCGCAACCAUCGCUUGUUUAUCAUCAUCACAAUCACCUUCACCACGGCCGAACACCACCUCGAUUCAUUCACCAUCAACCGUCGACAUCGGCGGAAUCCACGAAGUCAUCAGUGAAUCCACCCUCGCCACAAUCACCGACGACAAUCAACUAUCAACAGUCACCGUUUUUCAACAACAAACUGAGCCCGAGUACGACUUCGAAGCUUCCGCAACAACAACAACAUAAAACUACUACCUUGCCUAGUGCCAGUAUUCUUCAUGCGGCCGUUACUGCUUCGGCUACCUCGGCUAUCGGACAACAAACUACGGCUUCCCUUCCGCCGAAACCGAUGACGGAUGCGAAAUCUGGUUUUGGCAAUGCAGGAUCCAGUACUUCCGGCCAACGGAGGGGAAGUAGCUUGACACGAGGGGAGAACAAAUAUCGGAUUCAGUUUUGAGUUCGUGAAGCCAAGGACGACGUAGAUUUUUUUCUGUAUUAAAUUCUGAAUCAUUGAAAGGAACUUUUUCUCGAAACUAGUUUUAACAGCUGUAGUAUUUCUCUUUUUGGAUGAACUAAAUUUGUACACAGCGGCAAUUUUUUAAAACGAUAGGAAAGAAAAAUAUAUCAUAUUGAAUAACAAAUUUAGCACAAAACCUGUUUGAGGGAUUCCAACUGUUGCAGUCGAUCGCGAUACUCUAAAUUAAAUGAUAUUUGGAUACAGUUGCCAGCAAAA